AGGCGCUUUGAGUUUAUUUGUAACGCUUACACCGAAUGCUCUCUCGAUUUGUGCACUAAGGACCGGCACACGCAAACACACAAACACACAAGCUGCAAAACAGGCAAAAAAAUGUCUGGUCUUAACAAAUUUCAAGACAGCGAGGCUUGGCGUCAGAAACUGCGUGAUCACCUUCUGGCCAAUCGAGUACCUAAAAAAUCUGCACAAAUGGAAUCUAAGGAACAGCGCUACAGCCUGGAUAUUGAUGAGGACCUGAAGAAAUUGUUGGAGGCGAGAAAGUUAAAGAAGGAGCAGCAGCAGAAGCAGGCGGAAGCUGCAACCACAAUCAAUAUGGGUGACGACACCAUAUACGAAUCCAUGGCCACUGGAGAUGCUUCGGAACAUGGUGAUGACAGUUUUGAUGCCUUUGAACGCAUGUGCGAUAAGACGGCAUCCGAUCCUGAUAGCACCCUGUUUCAGUACCUGCACAGUGAGGACAAAAAACAUGUUCUUGCCAUGGCCAAGGAGAAUAGCGGCAUACGUGAUCUCAGCGGUGAAGACACUGCCCAGAAGGAGAUUGAGUUCUUGCGUCGCAUGUUGGAGCAGAUCGGCUCUGAGGAUCACUUGGACAACGAGAGUCCGGUCAAGGGAGUGGAAUGCACACAGCUUGAGGACGUUGAGGCACCCUCACGUUUUUGGGAUAGUGACCAGACACUGGCCUGCAGUGAGGACUCCAAUCCAGAGCCAAAGGCAAAAAAGAAUGUCUCGCCCGUAAAGAUGGUGGGUCUGCUGCGCCCCUCGACCAUAAUCGAGGCCUAUGAGCAGGAAUCUGAUGUGUCGUCACACGUGAGUUUCCAGAGUGCUCAAACCCAGAAGACAAAUGUGUCCAGCUCCUAUGAAACGGCCACAGAGUCUAGUUCCAUAGGUGGAACUCUUCUCAACGUCGAUGACCUGUUCUAUGCGGCAAUUAAGAAAGCCAAACCGCUCAACAUGUCCAAGGAAGAAGAGCGCGAGCUGCUGGGUGAUUUGCAUGGCAGCUUAAUAGAGCUGGCGUCUCCCUCCAAAAAUGAUGAUGAAUCGGAUGAUGUUGAGAAUACAAUAAUUGAAUUAUCAUCGUCCGACGAGGAGGAGGGCAUUUCUAACGAUAAAGCGCCUAUUUUUGAUAUUAAGGAAGAGGCAUUCGCGGAUGAAGCAGAAGAAAACAAAGAGAACUCGAUGCAUUUCAAUGAUACAAUCGAGGAAAUUCAGUAUAUGAUGCAAAAAGGAUUGGAGUACAUUGCUGCCGCUGCUCCAGUUCCAGCAACCGUAGCCAAACCCAAGAGCCCAGUUCUUCAGAAACAGAAUACAUUUGAUAUGUCACCCAAGCGUUUGCUCAAGACUGCUGCCACCGAAUUUCUGCAGCGGCCUGUGCCUCUACGCAGCAAUAACAAGCCGCAAAAUGUGAUGCAGUCGCCGAGUAAAAGCAAAAUACCACCUCGCUAUGACAUUAAUAUGCAUGUGAAAAAGACUCCACAUACCUUCUUAAACACACCAUCGGGCAUUCCCCAGCGUCGUCAGCGCCAAUUGAAGCAGCCCUAUGAUGACAUUAUUAGUCCCAUUCGCACAUACACUCAAAUGUCUGGUACGACACCGCUGAUGAGUACUUUCCGUCAGACCAGCACAGAUGUCUUUAGCACUUUGGCCAUUACUGAACUGGAACAGGAGUCCCGUUUGCUGCAGCCUGCUGCUUCCACUUCGGCGGGAAUACGCAACGAACUGGACAUCGUAUCCGCAUCUCAACUACUGCCCAAAAAGGCGUACAUAUCUUCAGAGCUACAGCACGUGAUCGAUGAACGCACGCCCAUACCGAUGCCCAAUGUGCAGAAAAUUCAAAAGUAUUUGAACACGGCCGUUGAGCCAAAAGUAUUCCGUCAUGAUGGUAAAAUGAAGCUACCUAGUGAUGCCCCCGUAUCGCACAUUCCACGCCCUGCCAAUGAAAGUUUGGCCGAUCUGUCGCUCGCCUCCGGCGACAUCUCCAUGUAUACCCUUCGAGAUGCUCAGCAAUUUUCGAGCAAAUAAGAAAUAUCUGAAUGUUGCAUCAAAAAUAAAUGUAUUGUGUAACUAUUUCUAGUAAA